UAAAUAUGGCGGCCUAAAAGCCCAGGUUAGCCUUCUGGGUGCAAAGUGUUGACGUCUCUAACCGGCGGCCCAGGUCACCAGCUCCCGUGUUUACCAAGAUCUCAGGCCGGCGUCUUCCUCACAAUGAACCACCCGGCUGUGAACAGGGUGGUUGGUGACAUCAUCCGCUCUCCUGAGGACAAGCGGGUUUACCGGGGCUUGGAGUUCACCAACGGCCUGAAGGCGAUGCUCAUCUGUGACCCGACGACAGACAAAUCCUCCGCUGCUUUGGAUGUCCAAAUAGGUUCAUUAUCGGACCCGGGGAACAUCUCGGGCCUGGCGCACUUCUGUGAGCACAUGCUGUUCCUGGGGACCAAGAAGUACCCCAAGGAGAACGAAUACAGCCAGUUCCUCAGUGAGCAUGCAGGCAGCUCCAAUGCCUUCACCAGUGGGGAGCACACCAACUACUACUUCGACGUGUCCCACGAGCACCUGGAAGGAGCGCUCGACAGGUUCGCCCAGUUCUUCCUCUGCCCUCUGUUCGACGAGAGCUGCAAGGACCGGGAGGUGAACGCCGUGGACUCUGAGCACGAGAAGAACCUGAUGAAUGACGCCUGGAGGCUGUUCCAGUUGGAGAAGGCCACCGGCAACCCGGACCACCCCUUCAGCAAGUUCGGAACAGGGAACAAGUUGACCCUCGAGACCCGGCCGUGUAAAGAAGGGAUUGACAUUCGCCAGGAGCUCCUGAAGUUUCAUUCCACAUAUUACUCCGCCAACCUCAUGGGCCUGUGUGUGUUGGGAAGAGAAUCAUUAGACGACUUGACCGCCAUGGUGGUCAAGCUGUUUGGGGAAGUGGAGAACAAGAACGUACCGAUCCCAGAGUUCCCGGAGCACCCCUUCCAGGAGGAGCACCUCAAGCAAUUCUACAAAGUGGUUCCUAUUAAAGACAUCAGGAACCUGUAUGUGACGUUCCCCAUCCCGGACCUGCAGAAGUACUACAAGUCUAACCCAGGGCACUAUCUGGGCCAUCUGAUUGGUCACGAAGGACCCGGAAGUCUGUUAUCUGAGCUUAAAUCUAAAGGCUGGGUGAACACACUUGUUGGCGGGCAGAAAGAAGGAGCCCGGGGCUUCAUGUUCUUCAUCAUCAACGUGGACCUGACGGAGGAGGGCCUCUUGCACGUUGAGGACAUCAUCUUCCACAUGUUCCAGUACAUCCAGAAGCUGCGUACUGAGGGCCCUCAGGAGUGGGUGUUUGAGGAGUGCAAGGAUUUAAACAAAGUGGCCUUCAGAUUCAAGGACAAGGAGCGACCUCGUGGCUACACGUCCAAAGUGUCCGGCCUAGUGCACUACUACCCUCUGGAGGAGGUCCUAGCUGCAGAGUACCUGUUGGAGGAGUUCAGGCCAGAUCUGAUUGAGAUGGUUCUGGAUAAGCUGAGACCAGAAUACGUCAGAGUUGCGGUAGUGUCAAAUUCAUUUGAAGGUCAAACCGACAAGACAGAAGAGUGGUACGGCACGCAGUACAAGCAGGAGGCCAUCAGCGAGGAGUCCCUGCAGAAAUGGGCGAGUGCCGACCUCAACAACAAGUUCAAGCUGCCCGUGAAGAACGAGUUCAUCCCGACCAACUUCGAGAUCUACCCGCUGGAGAAAGACGCCCCGCCCGUCCCCACGCUCAUCAAGGACACUGCGAUGAGCAAAGUGUGGUUCAAGCAGGACGACAAGUUCUUCCUGCCCAAGGCCUGCCUGAACUUUGAGUUCUUCAGCCCGUUUGCCUAUGUGGACCCAUUGCACUGCAACAUGGCGUAUCUGUACCUGGAGCUCCUCAAGGACUCCCUCAACGAGUACGCGUACGCGGCCGAGCUGGCCGGCUUGAACUAUGACCUCCAGAAUACCGUCUAUGGGAUGUAUCUGUCCGUCAAAGGUUACAGUGACAAGCAGCACAUCCUGCUGCAGAAGAUCGUGGAGAAGAUGUCCAACUUCAAGAUCGACGAGAAGCGCUUCGACAUCAUCAAGGAAGCGUACAUGAGGUCCCUGAACAACUUCCGAGCCGAGCAGCCUCACCAGCACGCCAUGUACUACCUCCGCCUGCUCAUGACGGAGGUGGCGUGGACUAAAGACGAGCUCCGGGAGGCGCUGGAUGAUGUGACUCUCUCACGACUCAAGGCCUUCAUACCACAGCUGUUGUCACGGUUACACAUUGAAGCCCUUCUCCAUGGCAACAUCACCAAGGAGUCGGCUCUCGGCAUGUUGCAAAUGUUGGAGGACGCGCUCAUCGAGCACGUCCACACCAAGCCCCUCCUCCCGAGCCAGCUGAUUCGCUACCGGGAGGUGCAGGUUCCAGACGGGGGCUGGUAUGUGUACCAGCAGAAAAACGAGGUGCACAACAACAGCGGCAUCGAGAUCUACUAUCAGACCGACAUGCAGACGACCCACGACAACAUGCUGCUGGAGCUCUACUGCCAGAUCAUCUCCGAGCCCUUCUUCAACACCCUGAGGACCAAAGAGCAGCUGGGCUACAUCGUGUUCAGCGGGCCGCGGCGGGCCAACGGGGUGCAGGGCCUCCGCUUCAUCAUCCAGUCGGAGAAGCCGCCCCACUACCUGGAGGGCCGCGUGGAGGCCUUCCUCUGCACCAUGGAGAAGGCCGUGGAGGAGAUGAGCGACGAGGCCUUCCAGAAACACAUCCAGGCUCUGGCCAUCCGCCGCCUGGACAAGCCCAAGAAGCUCUCGGCCGAGUGCGCCAAGUACUGGGGGGAGAUCAUCUCCCAGCAAUACAACUUUGACCGAGAUAGCACUGAAGUGUCGCACCUAAAGACGUUGACCAAGGAGAACGUCAUGAACUUCUACAGAGAGCGGCUGACUGUCGAGGCCCCGAAGAGACACAAGGUGUCCGUGCACGUCCUGUCCAGAGAGAUGGACUCCUGUCCAAUAGUGGCAGAGUUCCCGGCCCAGAAUGACGUCAACCUGGCGCCCGCUCCCUCCCUGCCCCAGCCCACACUGGUUCAGGACAUGACGGAGUUCAAGAGGAGCCUUCCUCUCUUCCCAUUGGUCAAGCCUCACAUCAACUUCAUGGCUGCCAAACUGUGA